ACAAAACUCUCGUAUAAUAUUAUCCCUUUUGAAUUUUAAACCUCAUGCUCGUGAAAAUGUUCACUAAAUUUCUACCACUUGUAUCUGUCCUCUUACUAGGAGCUUUUGUUGGUGCCAGGAAAUUGUCAAACGAAAAUGUUUCUCUUGUUGCGGCAAAUGUGACCACGUCUGAUUACCAAGGCGCGAUAGAUGACAAUGGUAAUAUUGGAGGAUUUGCUGCAGAUAAUGGAACUACAGGUGACACUGGGCUUGGUAUAGGAGGAUCCAUUAGUGGGGGAGCUGGAGCUGGAAUAGGAGGGAAGUUAGGUAUUGGGGUGGGGCCCAUUGGUGCAGGGGUUGAAGGUGGUGUUGGGGUUGGGGUUGGUGCUGGUAUUAGAGCAGGUGUUGGUGCUGGCGGCAUGGGUGGGGGCGGCGGCAGUGGCGGCGGCCUUAGCGGAGGAGGAGGCACCGGGCUUGGUGGCGGAUCAACUGGUGGAGGAUUCGGCGGCGGAUGGCCAUGAUUCUUGAUGGAAAAUUAGUAAACCAGUUAAUUAGCAGUGGCGUUAAAGCUAUUGUAUUAUUACCCGGCCCGCUUGCGUUUUGAUUUCAUGUUAUGCUGCUAAGGUUUAGGAGAUCUAUGAGUACGUAGAAUGUAAUGUCGUG